AUGGAAGAUUUGUUUGGUGGUUUAAGUGAGAGUAGUAGCGAUGAAGGAGAAGAUGUUGCGCAAAAAAAUCCGACAAAAAUCGAUGAAGAUUUAGCGCUAAGCGAUGACGAAGAGGAGGAAACCAUUGAAAAUCCGGGAAAUCAAGUUAUAAAUGAUUUGGAAUUAAGUGAGGAUGAUGAGGAGCAGGAAAUUGAUACGAAGCAAGUUAUUGAUGAUUUAGCGCUCAGUGAAGAUGAUGACGAACCGGAAGCCGGUCCGGCUCCAAAACCACCCGCCAAAGUGGUAUUUUCAAUAUCUGGAGAUGAAGAUUCAAUGGAUAUGCCAGAUAUUGAUCAAUUACGCAAUAUUCAACAGAAUCGCAAGAGGAAAGCGAGUACACCGCCUGAAAAUGUGAAAAAAGCGAAAAUUGAGGAGGAGGAAAAUGUGCAGGAGGAGAUUAGUGCUAGCAGUCAUUUUCAUGCGGUAAGUUGGGAGUUUUAAGGGGAAAUUUGGGGAAAAUCAGGUUUUCUUGUGCAAAAGUUGGAUUUCUAAUGAUUUUCAUAAGGAAAUCAUGAAUUUUCACUUAAAUUUCAUAGAAAAUUCAAAUCAUUGGAUUUUAGAGAAUUCUUUAGCCAAACAUCCAAUUUUAUGCAGAAAUCCAAGAAUUACAAUUGAAAAUUGGUGAAAAAAUCAAUUUUUAAAUCGAAAUUCUAUGAGAAAUCGGCCAAAAUUGAUUUAAAAAUCCACAAUCAAGCUAAAUUCAGGUCAAAAUUUAAGCCUAAUUUCGAUUUCAGCCCUAAAAGCCCCACGAAUCUCUAAUUCUUCUAGGCUAUGAGUAUGCUAAUGGACCCAGAUUCUCCACCGCCAGCUGCCGGACCAUCAACAUCAACAGCAGUCCCAACAAUCUCACCUUCAAAAAUCAUACCACCUGAGGAAUCCACGAAUUCUGAGCCAAAACAACAUUUUGUAGCGCCAAAGAAGCCGAAAUCCAAGCCGAAAACGCCUGAAAAACCGGCAGAAGAAGAGGUUGAACCUGAACCAUUAGAUGAGGAAAGUGAAAUCGCUCGAUUGAAGAUGCAAAUUCUCAUCUCCAAUUUCUCACAAGAGCAACUAAAUCGAUACGAGGCUUAUAGACGUAGCUCAUUUGCGAAAUCAUCCAUUCGAAAGCUGAUACAUCAAUAUACGGGACUGAAUGUGGGACAGAAUGUGGUGAUUGCGGUGGCGGGAUUGGCGAAAGUGUUUGUUGGUGAAGUUAUUGAGGAGGCGUUGGAUUUGAGGGAUGCGCAGAAGCAGACGGAUGAACCGUUGAAGCCGCAUCAUAUUAAACAGGCGCAUAUGGAAUUGGCGAGACAGGGGAAAUUGUAUCCACCCGUUGGACCACGACCUGAUAAUUCGAUGAUUUGGUGA